CCUAUCUUUGUUAUUAUUGUUAGUGGUGGUAGGUAAAUGGUCCUGUGUCCUGAUCCUGCCUGGUCAACAUCAGCCAAGAAAAGAUGAGAAUCUCAUCUAUUCUUAUUCUUAUGAGAUGAGGUGAGAGCGAGAGUGUGAAACAGUCUCUUUGAGGAUAAGAAGAAUCUAAUGUCCAGGGACCAAGAUUCUAUAAAAUAUGAAUCAUGAAGGUUUUGGCACUUGUUCUCAGAAUUAUGAGUCAAGACAAGAAUGUGAAACUUUAGAAAAUGUUUGUGGUUAUAUCAAGCUGUGUGGAACACCAUACUACAACCUUGUGUUUGACGAUGGGACUAGUUGUACCUCUCUGGUAGUUGUAGACUUAGCAAGACACCUCGUAAAUUGGAUAUCGUCAGUUGGGAAAAAGGUUCUAAUCAAAAAGCUACUUGUAAUAUCUGAUACUUUUCAGGCUAGAGAGGAGAACAAAUCGAUACAAUUAAUAAACUAUGUGGUUAAGUGGGAACAGGUAAAACUACUAGAAGAUGAUAAGAUCCAAUCCACAGAUAAUUUUCAAAAACAUCAGCAAAUUCUAGAGACAAAAAAUGAGAGUAUUAGUUUUAUUAAAACAGAAGAAGCCGAAGAAAUAAUUAAAAGUGAAAGGACUUACCACAUUAUAGUACAUCAUGUGUCUAUUCCAUUCCAUGCAACUAGUAGAAGUGCAUUUGGAACCUGUUUAGUACUAAUAUCGUACAAUUAUCGAGAUUGCCUGGAAAACAAGCUGUGGUUAGUUUUGAGAGCUGAACAAGUGGCAUGGAGGAAAUUCCUGAUCCCAAACAGAGAAUACCUGCUUCACUUACCACAAGGAACAGAUAAAUUGUAUUUUGACAAGAAUAGAAAACCACUGGAUACCAUCAUGGAACAUAAUAUCAGAGAAUUAAGAGUAAUUUUCCACCAUAAAAUAUUUUUUUCAAAAUACUCUCUUCUGGGCAGUACAGUGCCAAAAGAAUCAAAACUAUACUUAUCUGGCAAUACCAAUUAUUCAGAAUAUGUUUACAAGUUCACAGCAGAUACACUUUGGUUUAGGUUUUGGUUUAGUACAAGUGAGUCAGACCACGCCGAUGUACCUCUUAUCAGUUUUUAUGGACGAAUCAUUAACAUAAAGUAUUAUAAAGAAGACAUUUUCAAGUCGUGUUACCUGUGUCUUAGAAAACAACCUAAUAAACCUGAGGUUAAAACUCCCAAAAAUGAAGCUCUUCAAGUUUGGUUGGAUCCUUUCAAACGUCGUCUGGAGCUUGGGGACAGAGAACUGGUCGAAUUACCAAAUGUUUACGAUCAAGGAGAUCGCCGGAUGAAAACUGGCGUGCCAGGCGAGAUGGUACAAAUGAUCAAGCUGCAGGACCUGGUUACGGGAGACGAGCGAAAUGUUUACAUCAAGCACAAUUACGUCAAAAGUUGUCAACAGAUGGCACGGCUGGCGCCAGGGCUUACGGUGUGCUUUACGCAUCUCAACCGUCGGUGUGCGUCUAACGGCAAGUGCUACUACAUCACCACCAUGCUGACCUGCUGCAGAGUUCUUGACAGUCUGGAGAACAGACUCAGUGAAGAAUGGGGACAUUAUGGCAUUUGUCAAAAGAAAGAGAACCAGCAAUUGAAGACAUGGGGUGUGCUGGAACCAUUCAAUGUGAUCAAAGUUGCGAUUCGCUCCAAGUGCAGCUACUGCGAGUUUUUGUUUGACAAAGGGAAAUGCAGUGGCUACUGUGGUGCAGAAGGGGUUCCUGCAGUUUCUGCGUACGCUGUGGCUUGGAUCAAUGUUGUACAUGAUGAUAAAACCUUAACGAUGGAAAAAGUGCUGAUAAAAGAGGAUUUAGUGCGAAUUCUGCUGGGAAUACCAGAGAAGUUUUGGCAGAUUCUGCGGGAUGCUUCUGUUGAGGAGGAAAUUGUCGCAUUUAGAGAUCAGGAUUUGGACAAAUCGUCUGGUCUAUCUCCCCUCAGACAGUUGUUUCAAACGUAUUUCAGUGUCAAGCCGAGGGAAAAGUGCUACGUUUCUGUGAAAAAGCUGCCUCAAAACGAAGAAGGAGACUUGUACUAUUGCAUCAACUUGGAGCCUAUAAACAGUGAAAGGCUCAAUGUUUUUGGACAACUAGUUAAUAAAGAAAUCAACAAUAAAUUUAAUUAAUCGUGAUAUGUCUACUCCAGGCUGUGAAUUUAAAAGGUAUUUUUGAUUUUUACACAUAUGUCAUCAAGCUUUAGAAAAUUCUAAGUCAAUUUAAUCGCUGAGGUUUAAGAUUUGUAA